GUGUUUGCAAGAUCUUCACAUCCCCUGAAGAGGCCAGCCACAGAUGCAGAUUUUCUAUUUUGUACAUACAUUGAUUUGUAUAUACUGUAUAUGAUGACUUCGGUGGGCAGUGAACGUACUCGGGGCACGCGAGACAAAGCACAGAUUUCAACCACGCAGCCAGCACAGCCACAGAAACAAGUAGUACAGGCAACAGCGGAACAAAUUCGUCUCGCCCAGAUGAUCUACGAUAAAAACGACGCCGACUUUGAGGAUAAAGUGAAACAGUGGGAUCUGCUCACAUUUCCCUGUUUAAACGCAAAGAGGAGCCCCGCUGUCUGCCACACGGCCGCGCUCAUGGCUGCCUGCCCCCACCCACUUAAAAGUCAAGAUAUAACCAGUGGAUUUGGCCGAAACAGAAGAGGAGCGGGGAGGUUUUCAGGCCAAGCCAUGGGGACAUUUAACCCUGCAGAUUAUACGGAAUCUCCUGCCACGGAUGGCUUUGGGAAAAAGCAAGAGUCUUGGGAAGCUGGGCAGAAUGACACUGAUCAUUGCACAGGAGCAUGGAAGAACUCAGUCGAGGAGUGGACUGCCGAAGACUGGAAUGAAGAUCUUUCAGAAACAAAGGUCUUCACUGCUUCGUCUGUUCCAACUGAGAACCACGUGACGACAGGUCAAAGCAUCGCAUUUCCUGCGUCACUACUUCAGAAUCCCGGGACUUCCAUUCAAGAAACAGAGUCCUGCAGCCAGCAGCCGGGCAAGCUCAGAGCCACGGAUUUUCCAGCACAACCCUCCACUUCUUUAGGAGCCCUCCACCUUCCUUUUGCUGGUAACUCCUUUCCUCCCCAAAGCCUGUCUUCGGUCCUCUGUUCCGGAUUUGCAGAGUUUGGCUCUUCUAAACUGGCCGCCACUGCUGGGACUCAGUUUCUCGACCAGCUGAAAUCCUCGUCUUUGGGUCAGUUCACUUCACAGGGUUCUUCCAGCACAAACGCCGCCUCUGUUCCUGCAACCACCACAUCGUCGUGGGAUGUAAAGCCUUCUGUCUCCCAGCCUUCUCUCCUCAGUCAGUUUGAUUUCAAAUCCCAGCCAGAGCCGUCCCCGGUCCUGAGCCAGUUAUCCCAGCGGCAGCAGCAGCAAACUCAAGCUGUCGCCACCCCGCCUCCCGGGCUGGAAUCCUUCGCCCCACAGGUAAAAGGCCGAGAGCCGUCUCCCGUCGACAGCCCCACUGUGGUCGGCAAGUUGCUGCACAUGUCCACUCUGUCUACGGAUAGCCAGAUGUUGCCUGCCCUCCAGAUGCCGCAGAAACAGAUUAAGCCAGCAAAACGGAAGGUCCCUCCAGUUUCCAAGAUCCCGUCCUCUGCCGUGGAGAUGCCUGGAUCCACUGACGUGUCCGGGUUAAACGUGCAGUUCGGAGCUCUUGAGUUUGGAUUGGAGACGCCCCUCUCAGAGUUUGAAUCUGCUUCAGGCUAUGAAAAUGCCAGCCAGGCGCCCAACAGCAUACUCUACCCAAAGCCUGUAAUCGAUCCUUUGAAUACCUCUUUGCCAAUGUCCAAUACCGUGCAGGAGCCCACCUACAGCGCCCCUCCCGUCACCUCCAGCAGCCUGGGCUGCUCUUCCCAGAGCACGAGUCCCGUAACAACCACCUCGUCCUACGACCAGGCCUCUCUGCACAGCAGGAUAACGUACCAAAGUUCCAUGCCUCCGUCGGAAGCAGCCCCACCUGCCGUCAUGAAUGGACAUGGCAGUGUUCGAACGCAGCCAACCCUUGACAGCCCUGCAUCAGUUCCAGCAUCAAAGCCGGAGACCUCUCUUCCCUCGCUACCUGCCAAAGGGUCCUCUCUGCCUAGCACCGUGGCCACCACCACUUCACUGCUGCCUUCGGGGCCACUCCAGACAGCAUCGCUCCCCAGUUUGCCGCAGUCCAGUGAACUGGCCAGCAGAUCGCUCUCCCAGUUAAGCAGUUCUCUCUCCAACCAUCAGAGCAGCCUCUCUUCCGUCUCAGCACUUUCGUCCGCCGCGUUGCACACGCACACUAGCGUUGAGAACUCCACCGCGCUCCAUCCUCCCGCAGCCUCUUCCGUCGCUUCGACCUCGGCCGUUAGCACCACCUCUGCGGUCUCCAGCAUGGCCGGCGCUACCAACAGCCUUGGUCUGAACGUGGCCAGCAUCUCUCUGCCGGCCCCCACCACACAGGCUGCUCCCUUAGUGUCUUCAGGCAAAGCGCCCCCCAACCUGCCCCAAGGUGUACCACCCUUGUUACAUAACCAGUACAUUGUGGGACCUGGAGGACUUCUACCUGCCUACCCAAUCUACGGUUAUGAUGACCUCCAGAUGUUGCAGUCCAGGCUGCCGGUGGAUUACUACGGAAUUACAUUCCUGCUCAUAGCGAUUGGCCGAACUGAGAGGGAAUACUCGCCAGCGAAACCCAUACUCAGGCCCAGGAGGGACGGUCGGCGCCAAAGGCAUUCUAUGCCUUUCCUGAAGCUCUACUGGCCCCAGCACAACAGAGACCAGGCGCCCAGACUCACCACACGGCUCAAGCAUUCGCUGCCUGAAUCAGCUGCCCCUGGAGUACAGCUACGGGAAACCGUAUUCGCCCGGCGUGCCAAGGGGUCUGGCCUAGCCCUUCAGUAUGGGCCCACCAUGUUUGUCCCUCCUGCGUCGGCAAAGCAGCACGGCGUCAGCUUAAAUGCUGCCUCUACGCCCUUCCAGCAGGCAAGCGGCUACGGUCAGCACGGCUAUGGCACAGGCUACGAUGACCUAACGCAGGGAACAGCUGCCGGAGACUACGGCAAGGGAGGCUAUUCCGGGUCAUUGCAAGCACAAAACAAGUCCUCUGGCAGCGGACCAGGGAAAGGUGUUUCUGUGACCUCAAGUAACACAGGUGUGCCUGACAUCAGUGGCUCGGUCUAUAACAAGACUCAGACUUUUGACAAGCAGGGAUUCCACACUGGGACGCCGCCCCCCUUCAACCUGCCUUCAGCCCUGGGCUCCGCAGGGCCCCUGAACCCUGGUGCUGCCGCUGGCUACGCCCCGGCCCCCUUCCUGCACAUCUUGCCUGCCCACCAGCAGCCUCAUUCGCAGCUGCUGCACCAUCACCUUCAACAGGAGGGGCAGGGCGGGUCUGGUCAGCGCAGCCAGCCGACUCUCCUGCAGCAGAAGCCGCAGGCCUCCAAAACUGCCUAUGGAGCGUCCCCGUACUGGACAAACUGACCCUGGUCAGGGAAGGACGGAGGGAGAGGGAAGAUGGAGUGUAGCAGCCGACUCCCCUCACCUGUGCCGGAGGAUGCCGUGGGGGCUGGGGGGGUCACGGGAGCCCAGGCAGGGGGAGGGGGCAGGGCAGCCACCCCUCCUGGUUUGUGUGGGAGGAGACUCCUUCCCGGCGUCCUCUGCGAUUUGCUGUUGUAUGUAAUAUAUUUAAUGUAUGUAUUUGUAAAUGUAAUAGAGCCAAAUGGUGGUUUCUGCA